CAGUGUAUCCGAAUCACAUUCAAGAGGAUGGUGCUGUAGCGUCACUGGGGGAAAAUGCAAUAGGAUACGUGAAUCUUUAUUUUCAGCAUCGAGAAAAAAACGAACAUUGGGCUUGGAAAUUAUAAAAGAAAAGAGGAACGGAUACAUUGACCGGAGAGACAGCUGAUGGCCAAACAUCUUGAUCAUCGAAACCGUCUAUCUGCAAUACCGAAAUGCGUGUCAACAACUGGACACCUAGUAGUUAUAGGGUAAGGACUCAACAUUAAUAAGUCCUGAAAUCACCUGGUCACUCAUCCUUAUUUGACCUCAUUGGGCAUCCUGCAGGGGGAUCUUUUCAAUGAUGCACCGAACCACAGGUAUAUCUAGAUACCCCGCCAGCACCCCCUGUUUUUGAAAGUCAAGAGUUUACGAACUCCAUGAGGUACACAAUGACCCAUCUGCAAGCAGGUCUGAGCUCAGAGACGACGGAGAAGGCCCGUCUAGAGCUGAACGAGAACCCGGACACCCUGCACCAGGACAUCCAGCAGGUGAGGGACAUGAUCAUCACCCGGCCAGAUAUCGGGUUCCUGCGCACAGACGACCCCUUCAUCCUGAGGUUCCUCCGGGCCCGCAAGUUCAACCAAGUCGAGACCUUCAAGCUCCUGGCCCAGUACUUCCAGUACCGCCAGCAGAACCUGGAUAUGUUCCAGAGCUUCAAGGCCGAUGACCCUGGGAUCAAACGGGCACUGAUGGAUGGGUUCCCGGGUGUCUUGGAGACCCCAGAUCAAUACGGCAGGAAGAUCCUCAUUCUCUUUGCCUCCAACUGGGACCAGAGUAGGAACUCUUUCACUGACAUCCUGCGGGCCAUCCUCCUGUCCCUGGAGGUCCUGAUAGAGGACCCUGAGAGGCAGAUCAACGGCUUCAUGUUAAUCAUCGACUGGAGCAACUUCUCCUUCAAACAGGCCUCCAAGCUGACGCCCACCAUGCUCAAACUGGCCAUCGAAGGACUGCAGGACAGCUUUCCUGCUCGAUUUGGUGGAAUCCAUUUUGUCAACCAGCCAUGGUACAUCCAUGCUCUGUACACCAUAAUCAAGCCCUUCUUGAAAGACAAGACCAGGAAACGGAUUUUUCUCCAUGGGAACAAUCUGAACAGUUUACACCAGCUGAUUUACCCAGAAUGCUUGCCAUCUGAGUUUGGUGGGACCCUACCGCCAUAUGACAUGGGCAUGUGGGCUCGGACGUUGUUAGGCCCGGACUAUAACGACGAGACGGAAUACACGCACACGUAUGAUGCGCUGCAUGUGAAGGAAGCUCUGGGAAUCUCUGAUAAAGAGUGCUCUGAGAAACUUAUGAAAAGGUCUCAGUCAGUGGUGGAGCCGGGGACACUGCGGCACCAGGACAGGGAAGAGGACACGGCGCAGCCCCUGCUGGCCCUGGACUGAGCCCGGCUGCUCCAGAACCGGGCGGGGACCAGACGGGGACAGCAGCACACCUGUGGGACUGUCCUCCAUCUUACAGGCAGCUCUCUCACCAGCCAUCCACUUCUGUUACGAACCCAAGCCCCCACCAACACCACUGCACCAUCCACUCUGCUGCAGUCAAUGAGGACAUCACCGGGAGAAAUGAGCCACACAGCAACGGACUGCCUUGCUGUGUACGACUAAGUUUUUCCCAAAGGAGCAAAAUGGAAAAACUAACUGAUCGGAAGCAUUGUAUAUUCUUUGGAGCUUAAACUACUGUGGCCUCAGCAUCACAAUGUAUAAAAGAAUGUAAACUAAAGAGGUUAGACAAAAGAUACAUUUAAACAUAUUUAAAGUGUGUGUACAGGUUCAUUCAUCCAAACGAGAGCAGUUUCCAUAUGCUGAAACGACAUUAAAAUGGCAUAGUGGUAACGUGGUAGAAGGUAGAGGUAUCUAUUCCAGUGUGAAGGUGAAAGUGUAAACUGGUAUACUGCCAAAAACUUUUUUAUAUUUUGUCAUUUGUUUUCAGUACAGCUUUUGCCAUAUUCUGUGAUUAAAUUAUUUUGAGCUCUGAAA